UUUCUCCCCUCUCUAGUUUCCUACCAUGCUUUCUGCUAUUUCUUUUCAGGGAAACCCAUUCCCGGCGUUGGAAUACGGUUUCACGCCUUGGGAUGGGCUUCACUCUUUGGGCUUCAAGCCCACCAGCCCCGACCCCAACCACGUCACUUCGAGUUCCGGUUCAGACGACCCAAACCGAGCCCAUGCCGAAGAAAAACUGGCCUCGGACGAGUCGAACCGCGUUGCAUCCAUCAUGGAGGAGCGAAAACGGAGGCGAAUGAUAUCGAACCGGGAAUCUGCCCGAAGGUCACGCGUGCGUAAACAAAGACACCUAGAGAACUUACGGAAUCAGGUGAACCUAUUUAGGGUUGAAAACCGGGAACUGAACAAUGGGUUGCAGUUUCUCCUUCACCACGGUAACCGCUUGCGAACCGAAAACGAGUGGCUCCGGUCCGAACGAGCCCUGCUCCGUCAAAAACUGGCCAACAUAAAUCAACUUUUGCUUUUCCAACAAUUGCAAGCAUUUUCCUCUGCAUGGCCCUGCAAUAUUGUCAUGGCGGAAUAAACCUUUGAUCACCAUUAUAUUAACCACGUAAACUAAUCACAAUUCGUCCUCCGUUAAAUAACUAAACGAAGUAAUACUUAGGUUAAUUUGUUGUUUCAUGUCUGUGUAAAAGAGUUGUUAAAGGUGAAGUAGGGCAAGGAAGUGUACCGGUGCUUUUUCUUUUUCUUUUUUUUUUUUUGAGAAAACCGUAACGGUUUUGGAAAAUAUAUCCUUGUUAUUUUUUCAAAAUCAGAAGGGUUAAUAGUUAUUAAAAUGUAAAUUAUUACUUAGUGUUACAGUUAUUCUGGUGUGAA